CCCAGCGGGGGGCCUAGCGGCAAGGACCGCGCGUGCGCAAGAGAAGCGGCCUCGCGUUAAGGUUAGGGCCUUACAGGCGCGCCCCCUAUCGGGGGGCGGCGCGGAACAGCCGCGCGCCGGGCCUGGCUGGCGUUUAUUCGGCGACCGCGGGGUUCUGCGUGAGGGCUUCCUGCUGAGCGCGCGCGGGAGCCCAGUCGCUAAGGGGUGGGUGCUCCGCACUCCCGCCGACGCCCGGGCCCGAGCACCGGACGGCGGGGCCGCUGCGGGGAGCAGGGCGAGUGGCGGGCCGGUAGGGGGCGCGGCGGGGACCGGGCGGCGCGCACCCUCCGCGGUUCCGCAGAUGGCGGCCGCGGGCGCGGGGCCGGGCCCCGGGCAGGGGGCGCCCCCGGGACUGGAGGCGGCCUUACAAAAGCUGGCGCUGCGGCGGAAAAAGGUGCUGAGCGCCGAGGAGAUGGAGCUGUUCGAGCUGGCGCAGGCUGCGGGCGGCGCCAUGGACCCCGACGUGUUCAAGAUCCUGGUGGACCUGCUGAAGCUGAACGUGGCGCCCCUCGCCGUCUUCCAGAUGCUCAAGUCCAUGUGCGCUGGGCAGAGGGUGGCGAGCGACUCCCAGGACCCCACGGCCGUGCCCCUGCCCGCGCCCAGCGUGCCUGAGACCCGAGAGGCCUCCUUUCUCUCUGUCCGGAGCCGUAGCCCCCCCGCAAGGCCCUCCUUUUCCUGCGCCCCGCAGCCUGCGGCCUCUCCGGUUCUGCUCCACGGCCCAGCUGCCGCGCACUCGCCUCUCUCUCCGGGGCCCCCUGGUUCCCUCCGGUUCUCUUGCUGCCUGUUCUCUCCUUUUGCAGGGAGAAACAAGGGCGGCGGUGCCCUGGGCGGAGGCCCGGCCCUGGCAGAACGCAGCGGCCGGGACGGACCCAGCCAGAGGAUGCCCCGCCAGCCCAGCGCCUCCAGGCUGCCCAAGGGGGGCGGGCCGGGGAGGAGCCCCCCGAGGAGCGGCAGCUGAGCGCCCCCCGGGCAGGCGGCUCCCCCAUCUUGUGGCUAAUAAACCUGUGAAAUGCCAA